AUGGAUAUUCAGAUACUCUCAGACUUGCACUUGGAAUCUCCUUCGGCUUAUGAUCUCUUCUCCGCCCCACCAAAAGCCCCCUAUCUCGCUCUGCUAGGCGACAUAGGCAAUGUCCGCGACAAGGGGUUCUUCUCCUUCAUCGAAACCCAACUUCGGUGGUUCCAGACUGUCUUCUUCCUGAUGGGGAAUCAUGAGCCGUAUAACUCUAGCUGGGAAGAGUCAAGGAAACAAAUUACCAACUUUUCGCUCAAGGUUAGCCUGCGAAAGGAUGAAGGGCUCGGAACAUUUGUCUUCUUAGAUCGCACAAGAUACGAUGUAACCGCUGAUAUUACAGUUCUGGGGUGCACGCUAUACUCGCAUAUUCCUGCCCAGCAAGAGGCCGCUGUUGGUAUGGGACUGAACGACUUCUUUCGAAUUAAUAACUGGUCGGUACCGGAUCAUAACAUUGCUCAUGCUGGUGAUCUGGCAUGGCUGAAUGAACAAGUUACAUCCAUCACGUCCUCGGAGCCUGGAAGAAAAAUUGUCAUUUUCACCCAUCAUGGGCCCCUUUCCGCCGAUGGGAGAGCCACCGGCCCUAUACAUAUAGAUAGUCCUAUCAGUGGAGGGUUUGCAACGGAUUUGACAGACGAGGAGUGUUGGAAGAGCCCGAAUGUAUGUUUUUGGGCCUUUGGGCACACGCAUUUCAACUGUGAUUUUACGCUCGAGGUGGAGGGUUCUAAGAGGAGGAUCUUAACCAAUCAACGCGGGUAUUACUUUAAACAAGCACCAGGCUUUGAUGUCGGAAUGGUGGCCAGGGUUUAG